AAAACAAAACAAAAAAAAUCGAGCUACGUAUAUGAUUUCAAAUGCCCCAGUAGUUUUAUUAGAAAAGACAAAUUAAUUCAAAUAUGUAUUUAUUUGAGCCAAAAAAUCUCAACUAUUGUUGGACGCGUAAUGAAUAUGAACACUGUUUAUAAGCUAUUUUACAUUUUUUCUUCGACAUCGGUGUAUACUUUACAUUUAGAGCACACGUAUUUCACACUCACCGCUUUCCAAGCGCUCAGAUGCCUCCUACUGGCCAGCAGACACCAGCGCUUCCAUCGGACUUUUCCAAAGCCAGGAGCCUGGGUUCACACGGACCGUAUAGAUGAAACACUUCCGGUGGGACGUUUCGGACUGAAGCCUCCGAGGAACGGAAGUCGUGUGUACGCUGUGGCUGCUUGCGGAGAAGGGUCGAGGCCAAGCGUUCAGAGCUUCCGCUGCCGGACUUUGCAGCCGGUGGUUGUGACUUUGGGCUGUUUAGUGCCAUGCAUUCUUUACAAUGUGUCCUCCAAGCGCAGAAGUCUCUAAGGUGGGGGCCAUUGGCUGCUAUGUCGUGGCUGCUGCUCAGGACCUGCAGGGCACAUAGCAGCCUCCCCACCUCUGCAAGUCCCAGUCCAGAGAGGCAGGAGAAUGGAGUUCGAAAGGAUUUCAGCUCCAGGCUGGCCACUGGACCAACUUUUCAGCAUUUUUUAAGAAGUACCUCAGCUCCUCAAGAAAAGCCAUCUUCUCCAGAAGCAGAGGAUCCACCUCCCUAUCUCACAGAGGAAGAGCUUUUAGGAAGACAGAGAAAAGUCUACCUUGAGACCUAUGGCUGCCAGAUGAAUGUGAAUGACACAGAGAUAGCCUGGUCCAUCUUACAGAAGAGUGGCUACCUCCGGACCAGGAACCUCCAAGAGGCUGAUGUGAUUCUUCUUGUUACAUGUUCUAUCAGGGAGAAGCCUGAGCAGACCAUCUGGAACCGUUUACAUCAGCUGAAAACCCUAAAGACAAAGCGGCUCCGAUCUCGGGUACCUUUGAGGAUUGGGAUUCUAGGCUGCAUGGCUGAGAGACUGAAGGAGGAGAUCCUCAGCAGGGAGAAAAUGGUGGACCUCUUGGCCGGUCCGGACGCCUAUCGGGACCUUCCUCGGUUGCUGGCUGUUGUGGAGUCAGGACAACAAGCUGCCAAUGUGCUGCUGUCUCUUGAUGAGACCUAUGCUGAUGUCAUGCCAGUCCAGACGAGCCCCAGUGCCACUUCUGCCUUCGUGUCAAUCAUGAGGGGAUGUGACAACAUGUGCAGCUACUGCAUUGUUCCUUUCACACGUGGCCGGGAGAGGAGUCGGCCUGUUGCCUCCAUUCUAGAGGAAGUGAGGAAGCUUUCUGACCAGGGGCUAAAAGAGGUGACACUUCUUGGACAGAAUGUUAAUAGUUUUCGAGACAAUUCAGAGGUCCAGUUCAACAAUUCAGUGUCUACUAACCUCAGUCAUGGUUUCACCACCAACUAUAAAACCAAACAAGGAGGGCUUCGUUUUUCUCACCUUUUGGAUCAGGUUUCCCGAGUAGAUCCUGAAAUGAGGAUCCGGUUCACCUCUCCCCACCCCAAGGAUUUUCCUGAUGAGGUUCUGCAGCUGAUUCAAGAGAGAGACAACAUCUGUAAGCAGAUCCACCUGCCAGCCCAGAGUGGAAGCAGCCGUGUAUUGGAGGCCAUGCGGAGAGGGUCAGACUUACUUGGAGAGGGCACAUCUUAUACCUUUCCUUGUUUCUUUAAUGACAAAUAUUCACGAGAGGCUUAUGUGGAGUUAGUUCACCAUCUCAGAGAGUCUAUUCCAGGGGUGUGCCUCAGCAGUGACUUCAUUGCUGGCUUUUGUGGAGAGACAGAAGAAGAUCACCAGCAAACAGUGUCUUUGCUUCGGGAAGUUCAGUACAACACAGGUUUCCUCUUUGCCUACAGCAUGAGACAGAAGACACGGGCAUAUCACAGGCUGAAGGACGAUGUUCCAGAAGAAGUAAAAUUAAGGCGUUUGGAGGAACUUAUCACUGUCUUCCGCGAAGAAGCUUCAAAAGCCAAUAAAACCUCUGUGGGUUGUACGCAGUUGGUACUAGUAGAGGGGCUCAGUAAACGCUCUGUCACAGACUUGUGUGGCCGGAAUGAUGGAAACCUUAAAGUAAUUUUCCCUGAUGCAGAGGUGGAGGAUGGCAUUAACCCUGGGCUUAAGGUCAGAGCCCAGCCUGGAGAUUAUGUCCUGGUAAAGAUCACCUCUGCCAGCUCUCAGACGCUCAAAGGACAUGUUCUGUGCAGGACCACUCUGAAGGACUCCUUAGCAUAUUGUUGACCACAGUGGUUUGGGCAGUCCUUCUCUAUAGGACUCUAUAAAAUCUACUCUAUAGAAGUAGUCACUUCUGUACGGGAAGUGGGCAGUCUUUCUCUACAGGAAGGAGACGUCACUGGGCACUAGUGAAAGAGGUAAUGAUGCUUUGGAGAUAAGCUACAAGUGGUGAAGCAACUUUAUGUUAAAUGUAAAAAUGUAUCUCUUUACAAUCAUUAAAUUUACUGAAAAUUAAUGGCCUUUUUGUCUACUUUUACUUCAUUUUUUGCUUUGGUUAGUGUUUCUGGAUAGUCUCUCUCUCUUUUUCCUGGUACUGGGGAUCAAUUCCAGGGUCUUAUGCAUGCUAGGCAAUGCUUUAAUGCUGAACUAUAUCCCCAAGCCUUUAAAAAAUUUUCUUUUUUAGGGCUGGGGAUUUAGCUCAGUGGUCCUGCUGCCUGCCUUGCAAGCGCAAGGUCCUGAGUUCAAUCCCUGGUACCAAAAAAAAAAUUUUUUUCUUUUUGAGACAGAGUCCUAAGUUGCCCAGAUUGAGCCUUGAACUUAGGGUCUUCUUGCCGCAGCCUCCUGGUAGCUGGGAUUACAGGGGUGUGCCACUGCACCUGGCUUGUACAGUGCACCCAGCUUCUGAUGAUUUUGUUUGAUGCUAUUGAUUCAACUGCCUAUCUUCUUACUUUUUUAUAUGUAUUUUGCCUGAGGAUUUCCUCAUGGACUUUUCUUUUAGUCUGUCAGUUUAUUUUUGCCUUCAGGUCUGAGAGCACCUGGAAUUUUGCAAACUGUCAUUACUUCUUAAUAGGCUGUGGCAGUGGUGUUCUGUGCAUUCACUAUUGCAGUUGUUCUGUUCCAUGGGCAUCAUGAGAAAAACCCAGGAUAUGAUAGCCGCAGAAGGAUUUUGGUUCAGGUUUCCACUGCAUUGCUUAAAUGUUGUAUAAACCUGAGUAGUUAACUUUAUUUUUCUGAACUUUGAUCUUUUCAUGUAUGAUCUGGGGAUAAUAAUAAAAUUUUUAUCUCAUAUGGAGUUCAGUGAGAUUCUGCUUGUAAAGGGUUUCCCAGUGUUGGGCCUGGGGGUUGUAACUCAUUGGUAGAGUUCUUGCUUAGCAUGUGCAAGGGUUCAAUCCUAAGCACCAAACAAACACAGUAUUUCCCACAGAACAUUGUAAAUUCCUACCAAAUGGAAGUGAUCCUUGAAGGACCGUUCUUCUAAAACAGACUGUAUGUAUUAAAAUAUGCUGAAGUGUUUACUGUGUGUCUGACCAGGAUAUCCUUUAGGUCCUCUCAGUUGUUGAGCAUGACAACCCUCAGUUGGGAACCUCUUCCUCAGGUGCUAGUUUGGCGUGGGAAGAUUAGCUUUUACUCUUAGGGUUCAUCUUCUACUGAGAACACUUGUUAUUGCUCUUCAGUAUUUUAUUCAAAAGGCAUAAUAAGUUUUGAAGUUUUAGUAGUAGCAUUAUUAUCUGGUGGUAUUGGGGAUUGAACCCAUGGCCUUGUACAUGCAAAGUACGUGCUUCUACCACUGAGCGACAUCACCAGCCCUUGAAGUUUUAAUUUUAAAUAACAUCUGUUAUUUAGAUAUUUGUUUAAUAUAUAUUUUUUGGCAUUUAAUAUUUUAAAGCAUAUAUGUGGUAAGUAAUCCAAAUAAUACAGUGCUUAUGUAUAGUCUUCUUUCUCCUAAUCCCUUUUAUAGGAAUCCCUUCAUUUCCUUUUACAAUGGGAAGCUCUAGUAGAGCUUUGCAGAGCUAGUCUUGUUAAUUUCACCCUUUUGAAGUAUACAAUUCAGUGUUUUUUAGUAUAUUCACAAGGGGUUGCAACAACCAUCAAUGUCUCGCUCUAGAACGGUUUUAUCACUCUAAAAAGAAACCCUGUACCUGUUGGUCAUUCCCUAGUCUCCCCCCAACCCCUGCAAAACACUAAUACUGUAUAUACUUUGUGUUUCUAUGGAUUAUUUAUUCUGACCAUUUCAUGUAAAUAAAUCAUACAAUAUGUGG